CGGCACGCGUGUGUACAUAACGUCUGUCUGUCUGUAAAUAUCUGUCAUGCACUUGUAAGUCAGUGUCAAGGCAGCUGGUGAAUCCGCAAUAGCUCGGCCAGCGAGUCCAGCAGCACAGCAUUGAGCCGCUCCCAUCCCAACACAUACACCUCACCCACACUCAACCCCUGCAGCCAGACAGACAGCCAGGCAGGCAGACACACACACAUAGGAUAAAUGAGAGCUCUCUCCGGCUCUUCCACUGUGUCACCCCGUCGUACCUUGACUGUCUUGAAUCGGAUGGGCUCAUGAAAUUCGCUCGCCACAAAGAUCAGAGGGCGGAUGAUGCCGCGGUCGUCACGCUCGACAUCGAAGGCAGAUCCGCCGAACCAGUCCCCUGCACUCAUUCAAAUCCGCAACGUGUUUCGAUCCAUCGAGGAGAGAGGGAACGCACCUUUUUUGAGAAUGAUUUUGUCUCCUGGUUGGUGGGGGCCAGAUUCGGUUGGAUCGUCGGAUGCAGCGACCUCUGAUGGAGGUCAUAAAAGAGCAGAUGGGACUAUUUGAAUCCGUGUCUCUCAUUUGUGCCUACCUGCCUCACACUCGCCCUGGACGUGCAUGUGCAGCCACAGUACAGAGGCACACAUGCAUGGACGGGAUCUGCGGUGUCUCUUCCUUCCCUGUCUUUCUAACCUCAUAGACGAUGAACAGGUCUGCUCCGCUGGAGACCCCCUGCCUCACAGCGGACUCACUUACAUCCACAUCCAGGAGGCUGAUGACCCCCCCCCCCACACACACAGACAUAUGCAGGACAGACACAGCACAUGCAGUGCGUGUCGUGUCAUUCCUACAUCUGGCCCUUCUCGAAUGAAGAGGAGACGGCACUUCUCAGGAAAUUGACUCGCUCAAAGGGCGAGAGCCUCCGCCGGUCGCAGAGGGGAUGGUUGUCGAUAAAGAUGGGGUCGAGUUCCAGCGACGUGAGGGCCGGGCCGAUGAACAGGCGCUUCGCGCUUAUAGCAUCCAUCUGCCACACCACUGCGGCCUCUGACACACACUGAGGGGUUCUCUCAGACAUACGAACCAUGCCCUCGUUCACUCUCGUUGAUGUCAGGUAGUGGACAUUUGCUUACCUUAACAAAGCAUGUCCUUGGGAUGCCAUAGAGACACGCGAGCUCGCCAAACGUGUCCCCUGAUGGCGGCAAUGCCAUGCAGAGCCCAUACAUUCUCGUGUAUUCGGCGUAGGUACCAGGAGACAGAGUGGUGAGCGCCAAGAGCAGCUCAUGUGUCUCUGGCUGCUCGCCCGCGACGGUGGUGCUCUCCUUGCCUCCGUCGCUCGCCACACGGGCAAUGGUGUAGCACUCGAGGCUACCCUGCUCGAGCAGAUAGACGUCGGUCGUCUCCUCACCUGCGGCAAAAGAAUCAUGGCCAGCUUGAGAUAAGAAGCGGAUGGCAAGCCAUCCCACCCUCUCUGAUGAGGAUCUGCCCUUGUGUUAGGUCCACACGACUCAUUGCCUGAAGUGGCAUUCAUGCGGAAGUGAGUGACAGCAGAAGCAGAUCAGUGCAGCACGGGCUUACACGAAUAAGAUCGGCUUGCUCGUCCUCAUUCAAACUUGAAAAGAAAAUGUCCUUCGAAAAGGCCUGAGGUCGGCCAAAAAAGCAGAUGAUGAAGUCCCAAGAAUGUCUGCGUAACGUCCGCACCGCUCUGACGGCUUCGACCUCCUCAUCCGACUUGCCCACGUCUGGACCUUGCUGCAGACAGCACCGGACAAUACUGACACUGUGCGUGCCAACGACGACGGUCCCUCGUAAUCCCUCCUACCCAUUCCUCGGCCGCUGCGUCCGCAGCAAUCUUGACAAGAUCCUCCAAAAAGGCAUCAGGUGCAGGACGCAUGCCUACACACACCAGCAGAUGCCGGGCGAGUUGAUGUGUGCCUGGUAGUCGUGUCUCCUUAAGCACCAAUGCUCCUCGGCGUGAUGAUUGUCGGCCCCUCUGUCGGCCCUACAUGGCUGAGGUCUAGCGGCAUCGACGGCUGGCCGUGCAAUGAUGUGAUGGGGGAUGGUGUGGCAUCUGCAGCGGCAGCAGGGGGCUGGGCGGAGGAAAAGGUGACAGAGGCCCGCUUCUGAGGCUCCUCUUCCUUCCCUGGCUCAUCCUCCUCAGCAGUCACGUCCCUGACAACAUAGAGGGUGUUGCUAGGAAUGACAGACUGAGGUGGGGGAUGGGUUGGCUUACGUUCCGUAUUUCAGGUAAUGUCCGAGCCACAGAAUGGGGUCGAAGAGUGGGGGGGUCGGGCGCUCAUGCACAAUAGGGGCAAGCUCAGCAAACGACGCGGCCAGCUUCUGCAGAAACGAAAACACGAUCGAUAUACUGACCCACCAUUCACAUAGUGUAUGAAGCACCUGUUUGGGUCCCUUGUGUGUCACGGACGAUGGCGUCUCAACGUGAGAUCCAAUGGAAGUGACGCUGCCGCGCUGCGAAACUACGUGAGUGAUCCUUCGGCUGGCGACGGAUGCGAUGCUGUCGGAUGACCCGCCUCUCUCCCUCUCGGUGUCCAGCGCACCCUGACCAUCUGACGCCUGUGAACCCGACUCACUGUGCAAGACGCAAAUGCACAUUACAUUGCCAUUAUCGAUCCGUGUCUCGUCUGACCCACGCUUACUCCUGGUGCCCCUCUUCAGCGAGUUUGUCGUGUUCGUCUUCGAUGACCGUGUCGUCUUCAGCCCUCUCCUCCCCUUCGCCCUCCACAUCGGGGACUUCCUCCUCUUCCUCAGCCUCCUUCUGCGACUGACCCGCCUGGCCGACAUGCGAUGAUGGGGCACGCUUUUUACGCAGCUGGUUGAACAAACAAAGCACAAAGAAAGACCUCUUCGAUAAAUGACCACCUGGUGUGUCUGUGCGCCUACUGUGGUCAUCGUGAGAGCAAUCGCUCCAUCUUUGUCGGCUUUGUGCAGCAGCUGCUCGAUGGCCUGACGUCAUGGACACCACAGAGAGAGUGAAGGGUGGAAUCUCCCUCCUGCCAUUAAAGUCGCCACAUACCUCUCCGAGUUUGGCCAUCAGUGUGUCCUUCAAGUAAUCUCUUGCUGCAGACAGGGCAGACAGGCAGACAGACAUACAGACAGACAUACAGACAGGCACAGACGCCGUGCGUCGACCCGACUCCAUGCGUCUCUCUGAGUUCUCACUCACUCACUCAUGACGUGGUCUCUCACCCGAAGGUGCUGUUGGUCCGACAGAGAGUGGCGGCCGAUAGUCCACGAGCCCACCCGUAUAGCAUCGAAGGAGGGGCGGGAGGGCAGAUUGAACAGUGGCGCCGGUGCAGUCGAUCACGCAGAUGGCCGGCUCCGGAGACGGGGAGGGCGGGGGAAUGGGCGUGGCGGGGAGGACAGAAACGUCGGCCUGCAUCUUGUCUUGCACUGAGAGCAGCAAGAACAAGCCUGAUUCGUACAGUUUCA